AUGACCGAGUCAGUGUGUUAUGUUAUUACGUCCCAGCUGUUCAGUCAUCAGUGUGCGCCGGCGCAUCUAAGGUCUAGUUCGUGCACAUUCGGUGGUGUCCGACCGAGUCGCUCUGCUCGGGCACUAGAGCGAGAUGACGCGACGAGAGACAAGUGGGGCGCGAACGUCGACCGGGGGCAGCGUGCGGCCUUGACUCUUACGUUGCCCCUCUACCCCCUUCCCCGUACCGCUUCUAGCUACGCUCGCCUUCUUAUUUAUGAUACCAUCAGAGCUCGAAGCUCGCGAUUCCCAACAGCUAAUAAUAACUAG